AUGUUCACCAUGCUAUCCAAGUUAUUCAAUCCUUUCAAUCCUUUCAAGCUGAAGAGACGGGAGUCUGAUCAAGCUCCGGAGGGAAUCAAGAGAAGACACUCCUUCCCAUUACAUAAUAGUCGUUCUGCUCCAGCACAUAGAGGCUCGACUUCCACGCCACCUGGUCAUUUGAAAACAAGCCAGCGGUCGCUGAGUCCGGAGGUGAUGACCCGGUCCCGGUUGAUGAAGUCGAAUAUAUCGUCACUGAAGGCCUUGAGCAGGAUCCCUAAUUCUGCCAAACGGUUCAGCACUGAUUCUUCUUCGUCUCCUCUUCUGACUCCCACUGCUCCGGAAGACUACUAUCCCAAUUACGUUGCUCGCCCUGCCGACGCGUCCCGCGGGUUACUGAUGGAUGGCACCAUAGACGUCAGCGUACGAUUAUCAAGAAACAACACUACCAAUUCGAUUGACAAUUACUACGAUGGUAAGAAAAUAGUUAGAUUUCUGUGA